GAAGACAGAGGUGGGGCAAGUGAAGAGGGGGAAAUGGGUGGCCUGAAGUUGGGGAUGGGUUGAGAGGGGCUUUUGGGCCAGCCUAGACCUGCAGACUCAGCUGCCGCCACUCUGGGCUCCCUGAUAGGCUGGACAGUGGUCCAAAAAUUCCCCAAGGCCAGCCAGUGUGGGCCAAGGUCAGGCCUCCUUUCCCUUCUCAGAACCACAGCUGCUGCUGGACUUCUGGCCUCGUGGGGAAUCCAGCAGAGGAAAGGGCUAGAGUCAUGCAGUGGGAGUGAGGUCACCCUGCCUGCUGCUCCUUCCUGCGGCCAGGAAACCCCUUAUCACUCAUUACCUAAGCAGCAAGUUUUAGCUUCCCCCUGAGUUCUUUGCUGGAACCUGGUGCCAGCAGAGUGCAGAAUGGCCACCAGGGGGUGCCCUGUGGCAGGAGUGAGGGAAUAAAGGGUGGUGGCCAAGUUGGACUGUGCUGUUUCUGGGAUGGGCCAGGAGGGAGGAGCAAGCGGAAGGGGCUGAGUGCUGAUGACGGGCUGGCCGCUGGUGACCAGAGUUGAAAGCCCCUCCUCUGGUGGCCAGUUUGUGUGCCGGGUGCCCUGGGACAGUGGCUGCAGCCGGGCAUGGCAGGCCCUGCAGAGGCCCAGAAGCUGGUGUACCUGGUCACAGGUGGCUGUGGCUUCCUGGGGGAACAUGUGGUGAGAAUGCUGCUGCAGCAAGAACCCCAGCUCUGUGAACUGAGGGUCUUUGACCUGCACCUGAGUCCCUGGCUGGAGGAACUGAAGACAGGGCCGGUGCAGGUAACUGCCAUCCAGGGUGAUGUGACCCAGGCCCAUGAGGUGGCAGCGGCUGUGGCCGGAGCCCACGUGGUCAUCCACACAGCCGGGCUGGUGGACGUGUUUGGGAGGGCCAGCCCUGAGACCAUCCAUGAGGUCAACGUGCAAGGCACGCAGAAUGUGAUUGAGGCUUGUGUACAGAGUGGAACACGGUACCUGGUCUAUACGAGCAGCAUGGAAGCUUUGGGGCCCAAUGCCAAAGGCCACCCCUUCUACAGGGGCAAUGAGGACACCCCAUAUGAAGUAGUACACAAACACCCCUAUCCUUGCAGCAAGGCCCUAGCCGAGAAGCUGGUCCUGGAAGCCAAUGGAAGGAAGGUCUGCGGGGGACUGCCCCUGGUGACAUGUGCCCUGCGUCCCACUGGUAUCUACGGUGAAGGCCACCAGAUCAUGAGGGACUUCUACCACCAGGGCCUGCGCCUGGGGGGUCGGCUCUUCCGGGCCAUCCCGGCCUCUGUGGAGCAUGGCCGGGUCUAUGUGGGCAACGUGGCCUGGAUGCACGUGCUGGCGGCCCGGGAGCUGCGGCAGCAAGCGGCCCUGCUAGGUGGCCAGGUGUACUUCUGCUAUGACCAGUCCCCCUACCUGAGCUACGAGGACUUCAACAUGGAGUUCCUGGGCCCCUGUGGCGUGCGGCUGGUGGGCACCCACCCCCUGUUGCCCUACUGGGUGCUGCUGAUCCUGGCUGUCUUCAAUGCCCUGCUGCAGUGGCUGCUGCGGCCGCUGCUGCUCUACGCACCCCUGCUCAACCCCUACACGCUGGCCAUGGCCAACACCACCUUCACCGUUAGCACCAACAAGGCCCAGCGCCACUUUGGCUACAAGCCUCUGUUCUCGUGGGAGGAGAGCCGGACCCGCACCAUCCACUGGGUGCAGGCCAUGGAGUCAGCCAGCGUGGCACAUCCGUCCAGGUCCUGAGUGCUCGAGCCAGGAUGGGCAGGGAGGGUCAUAUUCUAGUGGAGGCAGGAAUCUGGAGCUGACUGACUGUCCUUGAGUUCCCCCCUUUUUAAAUCCUUAGCACUGAAUCUGGGUCCUGAUGCCUCAAAGUUUUAGGACAGGGUUUUGGAGUACAAUGUCUUCAGUCUCAACCAGGCCUGAGGACUGUCUGGCCAGGGUCUGAAUCCCCUGAUGUUCUCCUGUCCCACUUCUGGUCUUUCAGACAGGGAGUAGACAGACUACGCAGGCUUCUUGCCAGCCUGCUGUCUGCCAGGCAUGAUCCCGAGCCUGGAUUCCAAGCGAAGGUGCUUUGUGACCACUUCCAACACCUUUGUCUCCUUUGGAGGAGUCACAGUCCCGUUAUUUAAAAACAUCACCUUUAGACAUUUAAUUCUCAAUGAAGGCUAAGGAAGUCCAGAUAUUUUCAUUUCUUCCCGCUCCUCUGUCCAAAUUCUGUACCUACAGUAUCGUUGGGUCUUCGUCUGAGGAUGUCCAGUGAACACUGGACCUGACAAGCCCUGGAAUAAAGCGCCUUACCCA